AUGUUUUCUGUUAGAGCCUUUAGCAGAGCAUCCACGGGGGUGGUUAGAUUCCAAAAUGUCAAUGUUCGCUUAUUUCAUGCCUCAGUAUUGAGGGCUGCUGCCACUAAAUUCGGUAUGCCUGCCAUGUCCCCAACGAUGGAUAAAGGUGGUGUUGUUGAAUGGAAGUUUAAAGAGGGGGAAGCUUACAGCUCGGGUGACGUUCUUUUGGAAGUGGAAACCGACAAAGCUCAGAUCGAUGUCGAAGCCCAAGAUGACGGUAUAUUGGCAAAGAUCUUGUUGCCAAAUGGAUCCAAGGAUAUUCCAGUCGGGAGAACCAUUGCCUAUCUUGCUGAACCAGAAGACGACAUAUCGAAAUUGGAGUUCCCAAAAGAAGAAGCAACCGAAGCCCCAAAGAAACAAGAGCCAAAAAAACAAGAGCCAAAAAAACCUGAGACUGCUCCAAAGAAAGCUUCCAAACCAAUAUCUGCUGAAGCUGGUAUCUUUAACAAGGCCAACCCAUCACAAACCCUUUUCCCAUCGGUGCUGACCCUUUUAGAAUCCAACGGGAUUUCUAAAGAAGAUGCCCUCGAGAAGAUUGAAGCUACUGGCCCAAAUGGCAGAUUACUCAAGGGGGAUGUGUUGUUUUACUUGGGAAAGAUUUCUAAAGAGUCUGCUGGUGCCAUUGCUACCUACUUCAAAGCCCAUGAAAAAUUAGAUCUUUCAAAUAUCCAAGGUGCCCCAAUUAAGGCAGAAUCCUCGGACAGUGCUACAGAAGCAAAAUCUUCCUCUGAUGCCGCUGUCCCUGCCAAGCCAUCAAUUCCAGAACCAAAGGUUAUUAAACAAUCAUUUGACUUGUCAUCAAUAGUAGAAUUACGCGAAGCCUCCUUAGGAAAAGUCAAGCCAUUUACCAUUUAUGAAUUUGUUAGUGAAGCAGUUAAGAAGUCCCAAACCUACGCUUUGCAAAGACAUCCAGUUAAAUCAGACUUCUACGAUGACUUGUUUGAAGAUAUCAUCAGCAUUCCAUCAAGAGUUGACAGAUUCAAGGUCAACUUCAAGAUCAACCAACCUGAAUCCAAGGUCACUCCAUCCGUUGGCCAACCUUCCAUCUUUGACCUCCUAACUGAAGUCAAAUCGGCUCCUUCUACUGAAUCACAUGAAACACCAACCGUCGAAGUCGAAUUGGUCAUUAAUGAACAGGUUGCUGAUGCCGAAGAAAAGGCUAAGUUGUUCAUGAAGAAGUUCGAUGAAUUUGUUAACGUUACUUAG